GGGAAUGGUCUAGAUCCAGGUCCAUUGGCAGACUGCAGCUGAUGUGGCUUGGGUCUGAUGUCUGGCUUUUUUUUUAAAGAAAUGCUGUGAAUAUCUCUUAUGUGCUGUUGUCUUUUCCAGUUUUUUAUUAUAUCAAUAUUCUUUUUUCUUCUGAUACUUUAAUUUUUAAACAAUGCAUAUGGUCUGAUAGAUUGAAACAAAAGAUGCAGAGCCAGAGGCAAGUUUUUCUAAAUGCAGCUUUAGAUUUGUAGACAUGAGUAAUUAGAAAAGUAAAAUUUAUAAUUUUAGUAAGCUUAUUUUUAAGUGGUGGGAAAUGAGCAUUUUUUAGCAUGGAAGUGGGGAGACUUGCUAUGCCACAUUCAGCUCCAGCAUAGCAUGUAACUUCAUCAUUUGUGCAACCUACUAAUCCCUGCAUGGGCAUUCUUACAAUUAAAACGCUCUUAAUUUAGUAGAAUGAGAUAAAUGAAAUAAAGUUCCUUUUAACAUGGAAUGAGGGUGUCUGUACAGAGAUACAGUGUGGUUUAGCUAAUUCACUUUAAAUUCACAAUUUUAGUUAAUCUGAAUUAAGUUUCCCAAGUCCUGCGUGUAAAGACAUCUUUAUUUAGAAAAAGCUGCUGUUGUGGAAAGAGCACUGGGCUCAGCCCUGUCCCGAGGCAUUCUGGCGUGCAGCUCGCUUGUUCCGAGACAGAGAGUUUCUGGGCAUUAGCAAAUUGUCUACCGCAUCCUUUUCUUCUCCUCUCAGAACGCUUCUGUGCCACCUCCUAAAAUUGUGGUUUCUGAGCCAUUACUCUGAGUAACUUACUCUGGUUGUAUUUACUGUGCAGCUGAGGAAACAAUAUUUCAGCAACUUGUAUCAUUUUGGAGCAGGGAAAGUUAAACUUGUCCCGAAACCAGUCAUGAGCACAGCCUUUGAUCUGAAGGGCCUGUCCAGUGGAUGCUCCCUGCCCAGGCCAGGUACAGAGCAGGGAGCAGGAUGGGGGAUCUCUUGUGCAUAGCAAAGGUUUGUGCAGUAAAUCCAGACUUGUGCUGCAUAUAAUUUGGAAGCUAAACCAUGAGAACAACUGUCUUUUAGGGUCAAAACUUAGCUGAGAGGCUUGCUCCUGAAAAUAUUUGCCUUUCUGCUUCGAAAUGAUCUUGUGGUCAUGUUACAUUUUUCUUAUGAAAAGAGAAACUGGUCACAUGGGUCAAAUACAACCAUUUAGGACAAACCUCUAAAUGAAACUUACUGUUUGCCACAUGCAAGGAGUGCUGGACCACGUAACUCUCACUGCAAGUUUUACCCAGUUCACUUUCUAUAAAGUUUGUUUUCCAACCCCUGCCCUAAUGGGAAAUUGUUUACAGAAUAUUUGCAUUGUUGCACGAGCUGCUGGUUUUGGUAAGAGAUCAGCUCAGUGAUCAGAGGGGAUCACUUGGAUUUCUCUACAUUUUUUCAACUGGAAUUUCUAGAAUGUUGAUCAUAGAUGUUAUGAAUAAUGGGUAGGAGAUAACAGAGUAAAAGUUAUUUUAUAGCACUUCAUCUUUGAGUUGGAUAGACCAGUGAGGAGGAGGUGGUUUUCCAUGGUCCAGCUGAUGAAUUCAAGUUCCUUCUACCUGGUGAAGUUCUGCCUGACAUGCCGAAGUCUCCCAGAAGUCCUGAAAGCAUCAUGCACUGUGCGUGUGUACUAUAAAUAAACUUUAAAAAACAUAAUUUAAAAACACCUUUGGCAAAGCACAUGUUUAACUGAAACCUGUCUGGUCAAGGUUGACUCAGUGGUGUAGGAAGAAGAUGGGGAAAGAGCAAGUGGGAGCACAUAAAUGAAACCUGCUGUCAGAGAAAAGCCACUUGUUUGUUAUUUUCAGGCUGUCCAAGCUCUUGGCAUGUGAGCUGUGGGAGAUCCCUGGUGACUUUCUGGAUAUUUGCCCUUGGCAUGCGUGUUUGUGAGUGAUCUGAGGUUUCAUUAACAAAGCUGCACGAACAAGGUUAGUUAACCUGUUAGAAAAAGAUCAGAUGGCUGGGAAUCAUAGUUGAUUCUCCAGUUCUAAGAAUCCAUACAGCUCUGGCUGAAGGUCUCCAAUCAAUUUGACAAAAUAAUUUCAAGAAGUCCUCUUAAUGAAUUUUUAUGUGUUCCACCCACAGUUUGGAUAGCUGCAUCCUUUUAUUUUGAAUGGACAAUUCUUUUGAUCUGCACAGAACCAGAGAAGGUUUGGGGAGAUGAAACUCUCUGAGGGUAAAUUGCCCUGAUAGUAUCUCUGGAGGUAUAUAAUCUAUAUAAUCUGCACUGCUGCUGUCUUAAAGCAGGUCUGACUUACAUGCUUGUUUUUUAAGUUGUAUGAAAACAUGAUGCAUCUUCAAGCAAGAAAAAGAAAUCUACACUAAGGCUUCUUUAGAUGGGGCAUUAAGGGGUUAAAGGCAUUGCCCAGUCCCAAGGAAGCCUGUUUCAAGGCAGGCAUCCAUUGGAAUAAGGUUUUGCUGCAGACACAGGCUGAUGUGCUUGCAGCAAGGAUUGCAGCCUUAUCAGUAAAGAUAAACAUGCAAAGGCUUCCAAACCCCUGUGUCCCUGCCACUUGUUUGGGAUCCUUUUCCAGAGACCAAGAGAAAAUACAAGAUCUUCACCAAGAUAGAUGCUACUUCCAAAGGGGGCAGCCAGCAGACUUUGUAGACAGAGACCAUGUAUUACUCUGUGGUUUGGAAUAGGUACAGGAGAUAUUAGUUUACCUGAUUCAAAAUAGUACUUGAGACCUGGCAGUAUCAUGUGGGGUUGGCCCUUUCCCCUCACCCAUCAGUCUUUUGCUGAGUGUUCAAAUGCUGGACAACUCUGGGUUUUGUUGCCCUCACUGAGCUACUUGCCAUAGCUGAUUUCUGCUGCCAAGCAACUUCCAGGCUUUACUUCCCAUUUGUUUGCCAUUUCCCACAAAUACUUUGAAUGCUACUUAAUUUUAAUCCUGAUGCUGUGAGGAGGGGAAUGGAGAUAAGUGUUUCUGUUAAAAAUGCAUAGGAUCAGCUACAGAAUUUUUGGGCACAGAAGAGGCCACUUGAAUUGCCUGAAAAAACAGUCACUAUGGUAAUAUUAGGUGUAAUUAAGGUGUAACCUUGAAAAUAAUACACUUUUCCUAUUUCUCUCUCCUCCUCUUCUGUCACAAAACACAGCAAAGCCGGAGAUGCAGAAAUCAAGCACCUGGCUUCUUGAGGUCAAAUUCCAAAAGUCUGCAUUGAAAAAUGAAGAGAUUUUUCCAGAUGGGUGAGAACUGGCACUGUUUUUCUGUCCAGGAAAGUUUGUGCCAUUCUGCAGGCUCAGCCUGGGUCCCUCUGUUUUGCCACUGAGCCUGAUUGACACUUACAUGUGUGUGGCCUUUUUACACAGUGGUGGACUUAAGUUUGAAAAUCCAGACAUUUUUGGACUGUGACAACAGUUGGUAUGGUGUUUCAAUCCGUAUUUUAUUUUUUAAAAAUUAUAUAUACUAUUUUAAAAGGGAGUGUGGCAACUUAGUGUAAAAAUCAGAGAGGAGAACAGUUUACAGAAACAAUUUAAAAGUUGCCCCCAGCUGAGUGAGUCUUUGAGUGUGGAAAAAGAGACUUAUUUCAAAAAUUUCUCAUAAACUUGCAGUGUGAUAGAUAAAGCUAGUUCUGAGAACGUGAAAAUGUGGGCUCCAUGUGCUAAAGCUAUUUGAAAAGAGGUGUGAGUGAAGGGGCUGAGGUUGGUGUGAACGUCAGACUUCCUGCCUUCUGCACUUUCUGUGUCGCAGCUGUAGCACGUCCAUAGCGUGGCACUUCUUUUAAAAGGGACUCUGAACUAGCCCAGCCUUUCAGGGAAAGACAAGCUGCAGCCAGAAAUUCUGGCCCAUCGAAGGAUGACAAGAGGAAGAGCUUUGUUACUAGCUUGUGUUUGAUCUUAGCUGCUUUUUUUUCUGCUCUCAGUAGCAUGCUAAUGAUACCUGUGGGAGGUGAAAAAUGGGUGAAUUCCUGCUAGGGUGUAGACAGGUCCGCAGUUUAGUUCUUGUCCUCUUCUUCCCCUCUGGUAAAAAUUUUGGGGGCUGUCCCAGAUACAUAAAAAGGAACUUUUUCCUAGAAUAAUUUCUGUCCUAUAUCUGCUGAGGCGUCUGAAUCAGAAAGGCAGUAAAAGGUUGACUCAGUUUGUUUUGUCUCCUCUCCCCCUUUCUUAUGUUUGAAAUUAUGAGUAUUUAUGGGAAAUGACUGGCUUGAAAGUCUAGGACAAGUCUGAGCUGCCCAUAAGCCAUUCCUUUUCUACGGUUCAGUUUUGCCUUGUUUAUCUUAAACUUUAAAGCUGAAAUGCCAAGUGCUUCCUAAAUCCCCUUUUGUUUCAAUUACCAGAGUUGCCAGGUUCACAUUUCUUACUUGUGAGGGACGUGUUAUGUCCCUCUUGGUAUCAGAGGACCCAGCAGGGUGGGCAGGCUGCACCCUGGGUCAGGAGAACAGGGAGAUGGUGAAACAGAAGAGUGCCAAACCUGGAGGCAAAUACACCCCAGUUUCUGCUGCUGCCCCAGGAGAGGGUCUGCAAGUCUGCGAUAAGGGAUGGAAGAGACCAAGAGGGAUGGGUGGGCCCCCAAAGGCGGUGAUCUGGAUGCCAACAUAUCUUGCUCCAGCUUUGCAAGGAGCUGCAUGCAAGUGCUUCAGAGGGAGGGCUAGUUGUGGUCUGUGGUUUAGGGAGUUGACACAAAUAGUCUCUGAACCCUUUUUUUAUGGGCCUGCAAAGGAGUGUUCUCUCUGGGGAAUUGGAGCCUGUUGUCCUUGGUGUAAUCCUUUCUUGCUUAGCAGGUUCGAGGCUGUGCUCAGAGCAAGCAGCCAUGGCUGGCUGACAGAAGGGGGGUUUAGCAUCCUACACGGUUGGUGCUGUGUUAGAUUAGAAUGGGAAUGGUGGUAAUUAAACACUUGGGUCUGGGUUUCUGUUCCUAAACUACUGCUGUAAAUCAGCAAGUGGGUUCUGUGGCAGGCAACCUUUGACAAAAUUUCUGUGCCCAAGAACCGUAUGGGCUAGGCUAUUUUUAAACCACUUUCAGUAAGUGCACUGUGUAACAUUUUUGUGGACAGAAAAUACAGAACAGUGUGUUGACCUUCAUUGCUGAUCAAACUUCAGUUGCAACCAGAUAUAACUGAUAGCAGGUCUUACCUGGAUUUGCUUUCUGUCGAUGCAUGUAGGUGGUCACAUGGAGAAGUGGAAUACUUCCCUAAUAUAUAUAUAUAUAUAUAUCACAAAUACCUGGAUGGAAUAAGAAGAAAUAAGAAUAAAGUGUGUUGUAGAGGAAAAUGCAUUGCAAAUCUUUUAACUUCAAUGAGAAAACAUUCCCAUAGUUCAGAUAUUUCAUUCUACAUGAAGGCUGAUGCUGAACCUAAUAAAAAUCAUCCAGAUGGAGAGAGAUCACUGCCUAGUACUAAAAUAUCAGCACUCCUAUUGGCAUGCACUGUGCUCCUCGUACCUGGCAAAGCACUGGUUACACUGAUCUCCCAGCCUGCUUCCCUUCCAACUGGGAAUUCUACAGGGAUGACCAGAGGGUUUCUUAGUGAUACCACAGAGAAGCCUGUUUGCUUAAGAGAGCAUGUGUACAUCUUUUAACAAUCUGGUUGUGUACCUUCUUUGUAGGAGGAUCCCUGACCUUAUACAGAGAGGGACAAGUGCUAAUUAACUUAAUUCUGGGAACAGGAGGUGGUAUGACCUUUUCCAAAGUGAUUCUUUUGGGCUAGAGUUUACAGAGAGGUAUUUGCUAGGACUGAUGCCUGGGUUUGCUAUGAAAACAUUAUUCAUACAGAGGUGUAAAAUUCCCUGGUGUGGCCGGGGAAGAAAUUAACCUCCCAGUCUUUCUGGUUAGAGUUCAUGGUUCCUUCUCUAAAAAUUGUUGGCAUGGUGUCCAAAUUUAUGUUAUUUGGUAUCAAAAUACAGUUAUAUUUUCUAUCAUAUCUUUUAGCACUGAGCACAGCAAGUAGAUCCAGGUUAUUCUUGGACCAUUGUUUUGGACACAACUCACUGCAUUGUGAACACCCCAUGUUAUAUUGGCAAUACGGGAGGAAAUUAAUUUCUGGGGAAUUUUUUUUCUGAACGAUCAAGGUGUUGUUUAUUCUGAGCAUCAUCCAAAUUUCAGUCUCUUUUGCCAAAGAAGUGGUAAGGCCUCUUAAUGCCAUCUCUUUGCUGUGCUCCCUCUGAGCAGCUCGGGGACACAAUUACAAGCACUGAGCGUGCCUACACCAUCCCAUUUUUGUUCUUAAUACCAGCACUAAGCGAUCAGUCCCAGUUGCUCCAGUGUGGAAGAAACCAGAGGCAGCUACAGCACUGCCUUAGCAGCAACUGCAGAGAGCAGAGCUUACGGAAACGUGCCCGAGGUGAGCAGGACAGAGGGCCACUGGUGUGACUCCGCUGAGGAAAUGAAAUGCAGCCCCCGACUGCAGGCAAGUUGCUCUAGACCGCCUGGCUGGCCACGUGUCAGGCUCACAAAGCAUUUAGGACGCCUGGCUGCAGAGAAGUAGGCAGAAAGCUGUCCAUGGUGUCUUGCAGCUGGAAAAAGGUAGGAAGGCAGCUGCUAAAACUGAAUUUUCCUCAGGCAAAGAAAUAUCUUUGCUCCCUGUUGCCUUGUAAUGUAUUUUUAAAAACCCCAAAAAGGCAAUCCUCCCUCAUUCCCCACCGCCGCCCCCAAUAACAAAAUAGUACAGACUUGCUGGACCCUAAGAGAAACAAACCUGAGCACCUCUUUGGAAAACACUGCUGAGGCCUGCGGCCAUCCCGCAUUCCUGAGGCGGCUGCGAGCCUCCUCCCCGGCGUGCCUGCCCAGCAGGGCAGCGCUGCGCAGGCCGCUCUGCUGCUCCCUCGCCGCAGCGACAUGCCCGCGCACGGCCCGCGGAGGGGCUCGCUCCUCUCCCCGCCGUGUCCGUAGCCACCAUUCGUGCUGCCCCUGCUCAGGGGAACAGAAGCAGCACCUUCACCAUGCGGCAUUUUCUGCCACGUUCGUUCAAAGGACAGCUCCAUGUCUGAAGUGCUGCCAGGCUGAGCUAAGAGCACUGCGAAGCAAACAACUGCCACAUCCUCAUCCUGCUUCUUGUCACGGCACUGCAGUAGAGCUGGGAGUUUUUCAGCAAUGUAACUAGGUAAGGGGUAUUUAUUUUGAUGAAAAUGAAGGUAAAAUUCCUAUUUCCCAGUUGGUUUGACCCCUAUUUACAAAGAUCUGGUAAUGCAUGUAUGUAGAAGAAAUAUCUGUAUGAAGGAAAAUGUGCCCUGCUACUAUAAAAAGGUGCACGGUGGAAUUUUGCCUAAGGAUAAAAUGUCAUUUUAAUUGAAAGCUGCUGUAACUUGAUAGGGCAUAUCCACAACAGUCUUGAGGAUCUACUUUAAAAUACAGUUAAAGACAGAGACUACUCCCACCACUGUCUCUUAGAGCUACAUGUCCUCUUUGAUCCAUCCAUGGUGCUUACGAUUCCUAAGAGACACGCAUACUGCCAGUAGUCUGAGCUCAUUAAUAUUUAUAUGAUACCUUUCAUCUGAAGAUGUGUGCUUUGCAAUUAUUAAUUAAAAACCAUUUCACAACACCCUAAAAUUUAGCUCCAUUUCAUAGCUUACAAAACGAAGACCAAGAAAGUUUGUGUGUCCUUUGCAUGAGACAAAACGAGAUUAGGAAUGUGGAAGCUUGUCUGCAUGGACUUCUACUGUGCUCUACUUCUUUAUCUUUCUUUUGCCAGUAACUUUGGACAAAGCAGCACAGGUUUCCUUUGACAUUAAGAUGCACCAUGAGCCUGUGCUACCUCGGCAGUACUGAGAAGAGCAGUGAAGGGAGCCUUGUCUUUCAUUCUGGUUCUUCACACAGUACUUGCUUGCUUUUUAUUUUUAAAAAUACAACCUGCAGAUGCUUUGUCAGCCCUGCAGACCACAUCCCAAGUGAGUAUUUACUUGAAUAUGUUAAACCUUACCCUUGCACACUCUCAUUUAGUUCCCAUGUUAGAGUAGAUAGAAGAGAUGGUGGGUUAUAAUCCACACCAGAUGUGGGCCCUCUCCUCUCAGUCCUCCCUGGUGCUUAUGGAAUGAAGGAGCUGGCUCAGUGUGAGACUGAUAACGGGAGGAAGGGCUUGCCAUGCGAUUAGACCAGUUCACUGUAAACACCUAAGUUGCACAAGUGGCUCAAACUUUGAUCUUUUUGUUGUGGAGAAGAAAUUUGAGGCUCUAGUACCUGCCCUCAGUCACAAACAAGGGGGUGGACAUUACUCAAGCCCAACUGUGGAAAUGUAAAUAUAGUUACAUGUGAUCAAAAUGGAAAAAGCACUUCUUUCUUCUUUAUCCCCUGCUCCCCAGUGUACUGCUUAUUUUACCAGGGGCUCCUACUCUGACUUGCCUAGCUGUGUUUGUGAAUGCAGGCCCCAGUCUCACACCUGAAACACCCAAAUCCAAAUGCUCCCGAGUGCUGUCUGGGAUAAGGUUUAAGCCACAGGUGUAAUUAAGCUUUUAAGUGGUAAGCCUAUUUGGUUAGGGGCACACCUAGAGCCUGCAACAAGCUGGGAGAAAAGCGAUCAGAUUUUCAGACUGACAGGUGGUUCCUGAAAUACUGCUGGAAGGGUUAAGAAGAAGCUACAGCAUUUGUGAUUCUCCUAGUAUUUAGUGUAACAACUCUCAGAACAAGGUCUCUGUGGAUGCAUCUGGCUGUCUUAGCGAGGUGGGACUUGAUUUUAAUUACAAACCUGGUAAUGGAUUAUCAAAAUGAUGGUUUUGCUGAAGCCUUGGGCACACUCUUCAUAGUCCUGUCUAUUUCUCUCACGCCCUCCUUCCAAAAUCUGCCUGUGCAAACACUGGAGCAAAAGGAUAAGUUUUGUAGGAGUUUAGGCUGUUAGCCUGUGGUCUCUUUUACUAUUGGCAUUUAGGCUUUUGAUUCAAUUUUUAGAGGAAAAAUGUCAUAGUAGAUUGUCUGGUAAAAUGCUGGUGAAUAUUUUAAGAUGCAAAUGUUCCUAGUCAUUCAAUGAACAUAAGAGAAAUGGGGGAUGUGAGACUUCAGCAAUUCCUCACCGUUCUGAUUUUUUUGCACUGUGUCAUAGCUUUGGUUUUACAGUCAUUAGAACAGAAUGAGACCUUUGCUUUGCAUAGCCUUGAGUUCUUGGGCAAGGAUUUAAGCAUGGAACAUUAAGACAUGUUAGUGAACAUGUCCUAAUUAGUCUCUUCCUUGGCUACCACAUCCUCAAAGGCCACGAGCCUUACCUACCUUAUACCACUCAAACACCUUCAACAAUGUAGCAUUUUAUCCUAGUCUAGACAAAGUCUUAAGGGUUAUGUUGUCUAGUCAACUAAUCACUCCUUUUAGUGGGAAAACUGCUUUUCCUUUAGGACUGUUUCUCUGUUUUUUCCUCCUUGCUGUGUCUUUUCUCCUCCUUCCCUCUGCAUACCUUCCCUGCAGCAACUCCUGUUCCAUCUGCUGUAAUGGAAGCAUUAACUAUUUAAUUGCUGAUUAGGAAAAUCUCCUCACAUGGGCUAUGCAACAAUACUGGAGUGGGAGGCAAGAGGAAGGAGAUGUGUGAGUUCCCAGUUCUGUAUCGCAAGCUGACCUGGGAGGGCAUUAGUCAUUCCUGAUGCCAUGAGGAUGUUUAACAUCCCUUCAGUCUAAGGGGUACAACAGUUGAAUGGGAUUUGGAUGUACCUGAGCCCUUGUCAUCUCUUGCUGCUGAACUUGCUGUUUGACCUCGAGCAAACUAGGCUGGGUCUUUCAUCCCUUAAGUGGAUAGAGGGCAAGUACUGUAGUAGUUAAGUUCUUUUUGAUUCUUAAAUGCAGAAAACGUACUCAUGCAAAGGACUAGUUGCUUUUCUUGUAUAGUACAAAGUACCAUGAGGUUUUGAAAUCUUUUCUGUGUACUUCUGCACCAAGUUGCAGAGGGGUGAGAUGAGAAGCUGGAGGAGAUCUGCAGUUCUCCAAGCAGUGAAAGCCCUUUUAGCUCCACAUUCCCAAGCAGACAUAAGGGGCUUUUGCCCAACUGACUUAUUUCCUUGUGUGAUGCAAAUUCAGCUGGUGGCCCCCUUCUCUCCCCCUGGCAUAUGCUAUUCUAAGCAUUCGCGUGGGUUAUCGCCGCAGUGGGGUGUAGUCUGUAGUAGAUACUUGUGAAAACUCGGCAGACUCGGAGGGGGCUGUGGGCGAUGUGGUGUAAGAAAAGGUGUGCAGGUGGACUCUGCAACCCACGUAGUCAGUCUCUGCCCUCAGGGCUUUCUGCGGCUCGUCAUAAUUGCCAGUUUCUCUCUUGGUUUUGCAGGACUCUGAAAGUUGCGUCGGAGAUGGGAAUCAGACCUUUUUCAUUCUGUUGUGAAAGAAAAAGGAUUGAAAUACUGGGAUAAUUGGGGAACUAAUGAUAUUGCUAUUGUAAAAGACAGGAAAAUUGUAUUCUUAGCAAUUAGCAAGGGAAAGCAUUUCAGUCAGACUGAAACUAUCUUCUCAUUUGUUUGGGAGUUUAUUGUUAGCAGAUGUUUAAUUUCCAUAAGCACUUAAUAUUUGGAAAGCUUAAAAUUAUUUUUAUAUAUUUAAAACCCCCUUAUAUUUUACUUCAGUGAUGGAGUAACCACUCACACUAUGUUUCCUCAAAGACCCCACAAAGGCCAGAACUGGCCUUCUUGAUUCUUUCAAAGAAAACAGGGGUGUAUGUGUAGGAGAGUGCAGAGGAGAGGGUAACUCUAUGUAUGGGCACAGAAUGGAAAUAAAGGGACAAAAUACCUUUGAGGAAGGUGACAAAACAUGCCAAAAUACUUCUAUUGCUGCCUGCCUCUGUCACUAACAACCCCUACUUCCUCUCCCCUAAUGCCGUGUCCAAAAAAAAAAAAAAUUCCAUUUAGAAAACAUCUUUGCAGAUCACGUGGCAGCUGGCAAAGACUGCUGCCCCUUCUGCCAGAGGCAGUUUAGGCUCUUGAAACAAAGCAAACUGGGUUGAAAUUCUAGGCAUUAAAAAACUAAAGCAGCUGCCUCCCUGACAUCCUGGGUUGGACUCUGAUUUCAGUUUCGCUUCUGCUAGAUCUUGGGUAAUGUCAUUGCUACGGUGUAACUGAAAUGAGAACUGGGGCUGCUAAUCUUGACAUUGGGUCACUCAGUGGUAAUCCAUUUGUUAUCUCUGUUACAUUUGUGAGAGCACACACACCCACUCCCUUUAGACUGCAGUAAUUUAUUUGGCCUAUUUUAUGUCUGAUGGUCACUUGAAACUGUACCUCUUGCCUGUCAGCAGCUGUAGUUGUUCUGCUAAGUGACGAUCUAAAGUGAGAUUUCCUUGUGCAAAUGUGUAUUUUAGACACUGUCACCAGAAAUCCAGUGGCUCUCCUCUCUCCCUACCCCUCUCUCCCUGUCCCCUUCAGCUGUUUAGCUUUCAGGACACAUGGCUUAAAUGAACGUAUGCUUGGAGUUUGCAAAAUGGCUUGAAUGACAGGAGAAAUCGGAUCACACAAUGAGAGUUCAGAACCCAGCCACCAAUUGGUACAGCAGGAGUCUGCAGCUCUCUUACGCUCAUUAUUGUCUCAGCAUAACAUCCAGCACUGUGUGUUUCUCACGUCCCCUCUGAAAAACGGGCAUGCAAUGGAAAGGAGCGGGCGGAGGAAUGUCCCCCUCCCUGCGAGCGGGGCUGUCAGCCUCUGUGGUACCCCUCAGGCCUGUGGGGAGCGGGGCGGAGAAGGGCCUGCACACCUUAUUGUGCCUUCUUUGCUUACGCUGGAGAAUCUCCAGCUUAUCCUGCCAGUGCAGUGACUGCAUGUGGAGGAGGGGGAGAGGUUGUGUUGCAAGCUCUGAGAAAAUUAGUUGUCUCUAUUUUAUCUUUUGCAGCUGCAGCACUUUUUUUUUCUCCCCUCAUCAUUCCCCCCUCCCCAUGCGAGUGGUAUGUCUGAACCAUAUCCUUCAAAACCAGUUUUCUAAGCAGAUUAGAUGGGCAGCAGAAACAGCUAUGCAAUCAGGCAAAAAUGUGCACUCAAGCCUUCAUUUCACGCAGUGGCCAAAGCAGUGUCUACCACCUGCAUUUUUUUACUUAAUUCUCUCCCUUUGCUGUUAUUCUAUAGUGCUGUUGUCCGUCACUGUUGUAGACUGAAACAAAAUGCUCGUUUUGAUGCUUAAUUACAUAAAAAUUAGGGAGGGGAAGGAAGCUGGGUUCCACACAAAUACUCAUUAACAUGAAACAUAGAGCAUGCUCCCAAGCUGGCAUGCUUCACCAUGCAAAGUGACAUUUGCUCCCUGUGAGCGUGGGGAAGGGUAAUCUGGGGAUUACCCUCAGGUCUUCUAAGACCAAUCCUCCCCUGACCAGUCUGGAAAGCCAGUGUCUCAGUUUACUGCUCCUUUGAAUUCAGUAUACUCCCCUGGACUGCCACUGCAAGUGAAUUUGGUCUCUUGCUACCCCAUAUCUUUCAGUGCUCCCUAUCAGCCUUGUUGCAUGCUAGGAAUCUGACAAUAAUGGUCUUCACCUGCUUUGAGAUAUCAUGGGAACUCUUAAGCUCUGGAAUUGGUUUCAUGUCUGGUCACUUACAGGACAAGGAGUUGAAUUUGGGACUAAGCUCUCCAGAUAAGUUUGGAAACCUUAUGUCUUGUUCAGUGUGGGUGGAAAAUAGGGAUAGGUUAGUGGGCUGAGUGGCAGACCUGAGGAAGAGAGAAUUGAGUAAGCCUUGGCUAUCUUCCAAGAGAGGAAACAGAGCAAAGUGUCCCAGGAGCCAAUUGUUGCUCCUCUAGAGGAGAGGCAGGAACCCAGAGCAAGGUGAUCAAGUAAUGCUUCUUACUGUGAGUCUGGAGAAGCAACUUCAUGCUUCUGAGGGAAGAGCAGUUGUAUGAUAAAACUAGAAAUGAGAAAUUGGGGGUUGAGGUUGGGGGUGGGGGAAGAGAGAAGGAGAGAAAAUAAAGCUUUUAUUUUCUAUAGAGGGUAUGAAGAACGAAAGAAAGAGAAACUAAACUGAAAACUUUGGUGUGCUUUGUAGGGUAAGAACCUACUAUAAACCCAGACAAAGAAAAUUUUAUUUGAAAUACUGGUAGAAAACUGCUUUAACAUGUUGGCAUGAUGACUUAAUUAUCUUCUGUUGGUCCCUCAAAAGUAAAAAAUUACUUUGAGAAGAGUUAAAAAUUGCAAAUAUGAGAGACUAAAUCUUGCUGGCAAAACGGGGGUGAAAAAGUGGGUGGAAAGCUGGUUGAAUGUGUCAACCACAAAAGUGGUGAGAUAUGGUUGUAGAGAGUUCAAGUUUUAAAACACAAGGAAAUUGUGCAGAGAUAUUUCUCACACUGACUCGUAAAUAGCAGCUUUGGGUGUGCAGCAUUGCCAAAUUUACCCUUGUUACAGGGGCAACUUACAGUAAGUUCCCACCAUAGCCAUACACCAUCUGUUUAAAUUACUUAGAGGAAAGGUUCGUCUCCUUAUUCCCCUUCUAUCAGAUGUGACAGGUUAAUGUCUUUGAGGGCAGAUCACUGUUAGGCUAAAUCUUUCUCUGGUUAUGAUUCCUUAUAACUAUAAAACAGUCACAAGGUUAUGGGGUUUAAAAAGAGAGGUUUAUUGUAGUUUCCAACCCUGAAACUACAGGCUAAGUGUCUCUCCUUUUCUUUUUUUUUUCAAGAACAAAUCAAAUCCAUCCAUACAGACACACACUCUGCCUUCUCAGAUAUACAGACCUGGGGGAAGAACACACACUGCAAGAGCUGCGUUAGGGAGUCUACAGGAAAACUACUAAAACAGCUUUCUGUGAAUGCAUACUAAUCUUUCCUCUGGGUCCUCUCCACUUGUUUUAAGAACUGUUUGCUGAGCAUGAGUUGGUGGCACCCCUAACAUUUGGGGUAGAACUCGGAGCCUUCAGCAGCUCCACCAGCAGUUGUUUUUACCAACUGCUCAUAAAAGCUGUGCCGUGCCUUGGCUUGAAGCAGCAAGGUAUCGACUGGUCAGGCAUCUGUUGCAAACCCCCUGGUUCAAUACUUGUCAGACUCUAAACUAGUUGUUAAACUCGGCUGAUGAACUAAAUCCUACAGUCCUUAGAUCAUGCCAGGAGCUGUGCAGGAGGCAGAAGGGUGCUGAUAUUGCUAUAAUUUAAGUUCCCUGCUGAGGAAGUUUCUGCAGGAGUGAGAUUUGUUCAUGGUAUUAUUUUUAAACCAGUUUGUAAGAAUGCUGCUGUGGUCAGUAGGAGACUGAUCCGAAUUUUCCUUGGAGUGGCUUUUUCAGGGAACAGAGUAGUUUCUUUAAAGUGGAAACAUUGUUUUUCUCCUAGAAAAGCACAAUGCUAGAUUUCUGAUCACCAGUAAAAUUAACAAACUAGCAUUUACCAGAAAUGUUACAUUGACCUGUCUAUGCUGCCGGAAUGGGAACGCCUCUUUGUUUUGCUUUUCUCUAACUGAUCUAAAAGGCUUCACUUGGGAUGGGUUCAAAACAUUGCAUUGGAUUCCAGGUCAUCCUUGACUGCUCAGAGAGCUGUUGACUGAGGUACCUAUUCUGUUGGACUCCAAGGGCCCUGGCCUUGCCCUGUGGCAGCACAGGUCUCCCAAGAGCCAAGCUGUGCCACAGGAGACCUCAGUGUGUGCUUUGGGAAAUGCCUUCCAGCACGGGAGUCUCACCCAGAAGUGGAGCCAGGGUUGCCAAGCUGCACUGGCUGGGGCAGUGCAACACUGUGGGAAGAAGAGCAGCUCAACACUGUACUGACUCAGAACAAAAUUUCUCAGGUCAGGUCACCAAACCAAAAUGAACUAACUUUGGUUUCAGUAAUGUAAAAUAUUCCAUUUCAAAUGACACAAAAUGCACUGGUGUUCACAAAUAGGUUUCCUUUUUUUGUUUCUUUCUUUUUAAACUUGUGAACUUCCAUUCUACAUAGUCUCUAAUUUCAGUUUUUCUGCUCAAAUUGGGAUGAGAGCAAAUGUUGAAAUACUGGAAUUUCUUCCUUUCUGGGGAGGAGGCAGCUGGUGAGUAAGAGCAACCAGUUUCAGGGUUGGGACAGCUGACUCUGAAGCCCUGUACACUGGAGCAGAGCAGGCGAUGGAGGGGCAGAUAGGCCAUGGAGGGGAGGGGAGCACAGAGGCAGAAGGAGGGAAGUAGGAGACAGGAAUGAGAAACAGCAAUGAGGGCUAGAACAAAAGAUAAGGAGCAGAGAGCAGAAGUUUCUACUGGGCUGCCCGGUCUGUAGAACAGCUCUGUUCUGUGCUAUUACACUGCUGGUCAUGCCUGGCUCGGCACCCUGUGCUUGGCUGAGUGUCCAGCAGAUGUGUGGGAAGGUGCCACUCCCAGAGCUCCUGUCCCAGAGCACAGGAGGAGCUCCUUGGAGAGGUCAGGGGCUGGGUGAGGUGGAGCUGGGGGGUCACAGCAGUGCACAGCCAGGCAGUGCUGCAGGGUUUUCACUUCUGCUUGCAGAGCAGUUGAGCCCUUCUGUGUAAAUGGGACGGGGUGAAUGCAGGAUCAAAAGCUGAGCGCUUUUGAGUCCUCAUCCCGGCUCUGAGCAGGGCAAUGCAUCCCUUGCGAGUUACAGACUCUCUGCUCCUGAGUCUUUUUCUGCAAAGUAGAAAACAUGGGAAUGCCCUUCUCCAGUGGGACUAGGAAGGAGCGCUAGUGACUGUUCCUAACACUGCAGAGUAUUUAUUAUUUAGCAAGUUUCUUGACUUUUAAAAGUAAACCAAAUUGAUACACUCCAUCCAUCAGCAGUGUCCUCGAGGAAUGAGUAGCUAAUUAGAGAGCAGGACUUGUGAAAAGACAAACCUGGGUUAUGCACAGAACAGGUUUCUCCAGUAUUUAUUGCCUAAGUUACUGGCCAAGCUUCCUUGUAAGUAAUAGUCAAAUAAUCGGCCUGGGUCCUUUUGUGAAUGGCUUGAGUCUGUGUGGUCCCUCCUUUGUUAGAGCAACUCAUGGCUUCUGAAAGCUUCUGCACCCCCUGUUCUGAACAGCAGAGCCUGGUGGCACCAGCUGCUUCUGCCUGGAACAAACAUUUGCAUGUGACAUUAAAAAGAAAAAAGCUAGUUUCAAAACGUAUUUUCUUUUCCUUAUCCCCUCAUUUUUUAGCCCUAGUUCAAACUCUGGAAAUAUUUAAAAGAUUAAUAUAUUUAGCUUUUGCUACAAGCAUCUUUUAAACAAGUAAAGCUUAAAGAGGAAAGAGAAAUCUUUCCUUCAGAAAUAAAACAGCAGCCAGUGUUUGGAAAUAUUUUAACAAUAGACCAUAUGGGAGUCCCAAACUAUUAAGCUUUAUUAUUCAGAAGGCGGAAAAUGUGGUUUGAUAUUCAAUUGAUAUACAGCAUAAAUGAGAGCCGCAGACUCUGCUCCCUUGAGCUGGGAUUCAGAUGUUCUCUUGAAUAUAAUAACCAAUGCUUUGGCCUAGUUCCACAGAAUGCAUCCAGCCUGCUGAUCACAAGCCAAGAAACUGUAGGCUUUUUUCCCCUUCCCCUCUCCUCUCCAAACUACUUUCCUCUCCUGCCAGCAUGAGCUUUUGGCCUGAAUAUAAAUCUCCUGAUCCUGGAUGUGUAUAGAAAGUGGGGAGGAUGCUAAUGGUGCACAGCAGUGGAGCUGUGUGUGUGCAUGUGUGUGUUUGUUUUUCUUCUGCUUUCACGAUAAGGUUUUCCCCUCGAAAUGUGCUCUCAGGGGAUUACAUUGGUCAUCCUAGGUGGGAGCUUCUUUGUUCAUGUCUCACUGUUUGUUUCUUAGUGCUGUGGGAGCAGGUGAAUAUCUUUUGGGGUUACUGUGAAGUGGUGCCAGAGACCAUGAGAGUGUGGAAUUUAUUGGAGGGAGAGACUGGAAGUGGUUUCAGUUUCUUUCAGCUUUUUUUUUCCCCUGGUUUGAUUUGCAAAUAUUUAUAUUUGCCCUUACCCCUUUCUAUCACGUCUCUCUUAACUUUCUCUGCUAUGGGAAAAAGAACCCAUAAAAGCUGCUUAUAAAAUAUUAGGCACUGUGUUGGUUUUGCACACAUGAACCACAUGUACAUGGACUAAGAUUGCCUGUAUGCACAAGAAGGCUGAAAUAUUGAUAUUGUGAUCAAGUUAUGGCAGACUGGAUCACCUGUUUUUUGACACAGGAUCCCUUUGGUACUGACAUCCUCAGCUGUGUUGGGUCUUUUCUAUCCUCUCAGAACCUCUGUGGUUUGUGAUUCCCCCUGAGUAGGCAGGAGAUACCAGCAUUAAGGUAUCUUGCAUCUUUCUCUAGAAGUAUGGUGUGCCCAAGAAAAAAAGACUCCCACUUUACAUGUGAGUCCAGGAAUGCCUCUCAUGUAGAACACUGGAGAGAAUAUAAAUUAUGCAUGCUGAAUAUGAAGUUUAGUUUUGGCUUCUGUCUUUUCUCCAUUUCUUUUUUCAGUUGUUCAUGAUAGCUUAAAUUUUCCAUAUUUUUGUCUCAACCCAUACUCAAAUUCUUUCCUUUGGGGAAAACUGGAGCAAAAUCAAUUUUAGUGCAAUUUUUCAAGACUCCUUGACUUGCACUUACAUCUGUUUGGUGUGGGGGAGUGGAAUUUUAUCAUAAAACGUUUGAUUUAUUUAAUGUAUUCAAUAAGCAUCGAAGAUGUGCCAGGUACUUUCUCAGCCCUUUUGGAUGAGAAAUCUUGCAAGCUAAGAACUUAAUAAACAAAGAAUUUCCAGAACUCAAAACUUCCCUGCUGUUAAGGUCUCCCUAUAUCUAAGCAAUAAACCAAGUUUGAACAAAACAGAUCCUCAGACUUGUAAAGUACCAAGUGUCACAGGCAGUACUGAUGAGAUCUGUAAUUGAAACAACUAUUUUUUAAACAUAUUUCCUGAUCCUGUUAUCUCCCCAACUUAAAACAAACUCAGCUGAGAUGUGUCCAUGCAGCAGCUCUACUUUCAUUGCAACUGUGAGUCUGUUUCUGUUGGUGAAGCCAGUGUUAGGAGUGUGUGAUGCUGCACCACGGGCUCAUCUAAACAGGAUCAUUGACUGAGACCAAGGUAAGUUACAAAUUGAAUGGAGGAGCUAUUCUCAGUUAACUUCAUCAUCCUAAUGAAGAGGCCAUUUGGAAUAGUUAAUGAGGAAUAGCUGUUCUGGAAUAAUCCCUUUUUAAGACAAACCCUCACUGUUUCUGUAAUUGCAUUCCAGGAAGCUAUUCUGUUCUGAAUCAGCAUGGGAUAGAGUGCCUAGAAGACGUUCAGACCAAGCUCAGCUAGCGCGUCCCUGCUGGUUCUCCAUUCUGCAUCCGUGCAGCCACGUUCUAUUGAUGGCCUGUUGUGAUUUCAAUGGAACAUCAUGGGAUGUACCUGGCACGUCGGGCAGCACUGGAUGGAGGUGCCUUUAGCCCAAUGUACCUGGCAUGGUGGUAAGGUGAAGGUGACAGGACGAGAAGGUGGAGAUGGAACUGCCAAAUCAUGCCAAACAACUGCUACUGCAGCUGAACCAGCAACGAGCCAAAGGUUUCCUCUGUGAUGUGAUCAUUGUGGUAGAAAAUGCCCUGUUUCGUGCCCAUAAGAACAUCCUGGCAGCCAGCAGCAUGUAUUUCAAAUCCCUUGUCCUGCAUGACAACCUGAUAAACUUAGACACGGACAUGGUGAACCCCACUGUGUUCCGGCAGAUCUUGGACUUUAUUUAUACUGGCAAGCUCUUAACAACUGACCAGCCUGGUGAACAGAACUUUAAUGCUCUCCUCACCGCAGCAAGCUACCUCCAACUGCACGACCUGGCAGCUCUCUGCAGAAAGAAGCUGAAGCGGAACGGCAAGUCCUUUGCUGGCAAGGCCGGUGGCCUUGGUGUUGGGAGAUCUGCCAGGAGUCAGAGACUUUCCACUGCUUCAGUCAUCCAAGCUCGCUAUUCAGGGUCAAGUGAGGGGUUGAAGGGCUCGCACUCAAAGGAGCUGUCAAAGGGAAAGCUCUCUGAUGACGAGGUCUUCAUCAGCAGCUCCAACCAAGAGAACUGUCACUCCUUAAGCAGGGGAACCAGCAAGAAUGGCGGUGGGAGCAGCAGUGCGAAUGGGAGCACCGGUGACCAGGAGCUAGGCCUUGACCUGUCCAAAAAAAGCCCCUCGCUCCCUGUCGCAGCCUCCCACGAUGAUACGCAGCACAGUGAAAGCCAGCAUGGCUCUCCCCAAUCUGCCUCAGCCCCUGCAGCCAACAGUGCCUCAUCGUUCGAUGAAUCUGGUGUCGGAGCCCCCCACAGCAUGGCGGACAGCAGCGACCCCAUGGAGAUGGAUCUGAGCGAGGAGUGCCACCAUUCACUGACAGAGAGCAGCCAGCGCAAGGGCCUCCGGCACUCGUCCCGCAAGAAGGAGUGGAUCAAGAAAGACAACGCUUUUGACCGAAAGGAAGGGGGCAAAGACAGGGACGAGGGUGAAGGGCUGCCUAAUGGUAUCCUACUGGGGCCCUUGUCCAAGUCUGUGGAAAGGAGUCUGGCUGGGGCCUACGGGGCAGACCUGCCCUACCCAUGUAAGGAGGAGGUAGAAAACGGUAAGGAGAACAGUGACGACAGUGGCCAGAGUGAGAGUGAGAGUGGCGGCCAUACCAGUGCCAACUAUGUCUACCGGCAGGAGGGAUUUGAGCCAGUGGCCUAUGGUGACAACCUGUAUGUCUGUAUCCCCUGUGGCAAAGGCUUCCCGAGCUCUGAGCAGCUCAAUGCCCACGUGGAAACGCACACCGAGGAAGACCUUUACAUCAAGGAGGAAGGCACAUACGGAAGCAAGGAUGAAGCUGAGGAUUUGUCCAACCCAAAUCAGUCCUAUGCUGCGGAGUCCCGGCCCUUCAAGUGUUCAGUGUGUGAGAAGAGCUACAAGGAUCCAGCCACGCUGCGGCAGCACGAGAAGACUCACUGGCUGACGCGGCCCUUCCCUUGCAACAUCUGCGGCAAGAUGUUCACGCAGCGUGGCACCAUGACACGGCACAUGCGCAGCCACUUGGGGCUCAAGCCCUUCGCUUGCGAGGAAUGUGGGAUGCGCUUUACCCGGCAGUACCGACUAACAGAGCAUAUGCGUGUCCACUCAGGAGAAAAACCUUACGAAUGUCAACUGUGUGGUGGGAAAUUCACCCAGCAGCGCAAUCUGAUCAGCCACCUGCGAAUGCAUACCUCUCCCACAUAAGCCAAAGACUCCAGAAUGAGCUUCAAGCCCAUCCGCAGUGAUUUACCUUUCUGUAGACUUGCUGCUUAAAAAAAAAAGAAGAAAAAAAAAAAAAAGGGGGCAACUCCCCAUACUCUGUUCAGUCAUGAGAGGCCUAAACAAAUGUAGCUUUAACAUUUUAAAAAAAAAAGUUCAUUUUUUCCCUUUUUUUAUAAAAAGAAAGGUCCACAGCCAAGCUGAUGCAUUUAGUCCCAGUCUCCCUUCAAAUUUUGAUGACCUGGCAAGAAACGCCUCUUCUUUUUGCACACAUCGGCUUCAUUGCCAUAUUGUUUAUCUGGAGCAGGUAGGGGGACCUUGGGGAACUUUCAGCCUCUGCUGGCUCCCCCUCCCUGUCUCUUUCUUUGUUCCUGUCACUGUACUCACCUCCUCUCUUAAAACCAAACUCAGUAGAGGUAUUUCUUGCCAUUAAAAAAAAACAAAACAAAAUACACCUUUUCAGUGGCCUAAGUAGCUGUGAAAUAACAGCAUUCUCAAGUGCAGAAGCUGUGUCUGUGGACCAUCUCACAGGGUUGGCAGCCCUUCCAGAGACUGUGGGAAAGCCACAGCAGUGGUGGAGCCCACCCCUGUCCCCCUGGAAUGGCAAUGGUGUGGGGAGCAGCUCUCAGGGCUGCACCAGUCCCAGUACUUCAUUUAUACAAAUGGCGAAGCCUCCCUUACCAUCCCUCCCCAUUUUGGUUUUGAUCUUUGUCCUUGGCACACAUAACCACGUGCCACCUUCUCCCAUAAAACACGCAAACCUCUUUUGCCUUACCCAUGACUGAACAGGGACUGGAUGCCCUGGGAAUUUCUUUCAGUGAGCAGGGGGUCGUCUUUACUUUUCUAGUAGUUUCGUAUGAAUAUUCUUUGCUUAGAGGUACUUGUUUUAUUAAAGGAAAAACCAUUGUAAUGUUUAUGUGAAUGUUUGAACUGGAAGGUCUGAGGUUAAUUCUAGGGUGGGUGGGCGGGGAGGGGGUUUGAUGUAGGCUGGACUUGCUACAAGUUCCAUAGGUACUUUUUUAUUAUUUUUUUAUUUUAUUUUUUGUGUGUGUGUAUGUUUUUAGCUUUCCUCCCUCACUAAAGAGCAAGUCUGUGUGGACAGACUUGUUACCUUUGCUACCUCUUGAAUUCAUGAGAACAAUAAGAUGGUUAGUGAAAGAUUAGGCAUUUUUUUUAAUUGUAAGUAAUUAAAUGUAUAAAAGUAGAAGCUAAAUUAAAGUUAAGGGAUUUUUACCACCCCGUCCUUCCAUCAAAAGUCAAUUAGAGAAAUGUUAAAGCAAAGCUUGGCCAAAGACAAAGCAAAAAAAUACACUGAGCUAGAGGCUGUGCUGGCUGCUUGGACUGGCUCAAUUUGCAGUCUCUUGGCUAUCUGUAGUCACUUUUAUCUAAAAGCAGAAAACUUCUCUGAGCUUUUUGGGCCCUUUCCAGCUUUGUUUAUUGAGUCUGGAUACUAUGGGGAGGGGAAAAUGUCCCCCUCAUCUUCCACUCCCCCAGCACAUCUGGGUCAGUCUGUAAACACCUGGCAGGACAGAGGGUGAGGGCAUAGCAGCCUAUAAUUUACUAGAAUCCAGAGUGCAAUAAGGUGGGGGAGAGGAGGAGAAAGCAAACCAAAGUGUUUCAUAUCCUCCCUUUUAGACAAUUUAACACACGCACACAAAAAAAAAAAAAAAAAAAAAAGAAAAAAAAAAAAGAAAAAAUGAAAAGGAAAAGAAACAAAAUGUUCUUGCAACAUCUGCCUAAGACAUCACAGCCAACAGCUGCUAUUGGUUUCAGAGAGAAGACAGAGAACUUUGCCCACUGAUUCUUGGCCCCCUUGACUUUGUUGGCGUGACCUUGUGGAAAGCUAUGGCUUAUUUCAAGCCUCCCAUGACUGUGGUGGUAAAAAUUCACAGCCAGUAGAAUCAUCCCUUCUGAAAUGACUAAGGUUUACACUUGCAUUUUUUCAUUUGUUGGUUUUUCGUGUUUUUUUUUUUUUUUUCCCCACUCAAACCAGUAUAGUCUCUAUGCGUAAGUUUUACCAAACCUCACGUUUUGUCUUUUUUUAAAAAAAACAAAAAACAAAAAACAAAAUGAACAAUUUUUUAAAGUUUUGACCAAAAAAGAAAAAAAAAAAAGAAAAAAAUGAGCAUGUUUGACUAAAACAAAGAAAUAUAAGCUUCAUUUUCUAUUGGGGGUUUUUUGGCUUUUUUUUUGUUUGUUUGUUUUGUUUCAUUUUUUGUUAUUUGGGUUUUUUUUAAGGUAGAACUAGUCCAUGAGAAGUUUUUGGGUCAAUUGACUGAACUGAGGAAACUGGAAUCCAGGCUCCAAGCAAUAGACAACCCAAAGGCGCUGAGCCUUGGCCUGGUGUCACGUUACAGGGAACACUCGCCCCUCUGCAGCCGCUCCCGUGUGCUUCUCCCAGUGCCAUUGUCCGCUCGCUCCCGGACGCCUGCCAGCCCUGGAGCGCGGGAGGGGUGCAUGGACUUUUGAUUUUGUCGAAUUGUGCUGAGACGCGCUGUUUUCUUUUCGGGGGUUAAGUGGGCUUUUAGCGUCUUUAGCACUUCCACAUUUUUGAAUAUAUAUUGAAUUAUUUUCUCCUUGAUUCUUUGUCAACGCCCCCCCCCCCCAAAAAAAAAAAAAAAAGUCCCCAAAAUAGACUUUGGGAAGGACAGGGAAGGACGUGCCAUCUACCUUGCUCUCAGAGGGAAUCUGAGCAGAGCCCAGGGACAGCUGUGCAAGAUGAGUUCCGACACUUUCAGCCUGCCUUUACCUCCCCUCCAGCCACGCACGGCGGAGCUGGUCCCGCUGCGGCUCCCCUUGGAGCCAAGGCCCGCUUCCAGAGCGGGGCUCAGCUCCCUCAGCGAGGGAUGCGGCCGGGAUGGGCCCUGUCCGCGCUGCGGGGUCGGGACGCGGCUCUGGCCCUGCAGUGGCGCUGGGGACGGCAGGCUGGAGCUGCCCGAAGUCACCUUGGGGCCGCGGCUGUCGCUGGGACAGGGGAGCCGAGCCCGGGAGCAGCCCCGGGCACGAGGCAGCAGCGGCCCGGAGCUCCUCAGCCGGCAAACCCCUGCUCCCCUCUCCUAAUUCCAUUUUUUCAUGUGUGUGGGUGAUGUGGCUUCUCCCCCUGCCCCAGGCCCCCUUUCAUUUGUUUCUUAAGCCUUGAGAAUUACGUUGAACUUUCAGGACCUAAUGCUAUUUUUUAAAAAGUAAUUUUUGGAGCAUCCUUUUUUUUUUUAAUCCCCUCCCCAGCACUUAAACAGUACGACAUAAAGUCUGUGUACAGCAAGAGUAUUGUACAAAAGGAAAUUACGUUCUUUUUUCAAAUAGCUGUGUAAAGUUGUGUUCCAUAGACUGAGCAUAAACAACGUUUUCCAAAUUGUGACAGUAAUAAUGAAUAACUAAUAAUACUCAAAACUUCAGGGACUGUUUCAGGCCUGCUUGGGGCCUAAACACUCAACUGCAUUUGUACGACAUAGUAUUGUAUCAACAUUUUUCUGUAUUUUAAUGAGAAAGCAGAACACUAGUUUCAUAUUUAAGACUUAAGAGUUUUAGGGUGGGGGGGAGGGAGCUGCGUUUUUUGUUUUUUAAAUUUUAUUUUGAAUUUUUUUAAAAUACACAAAGAGCCUCAAGAGGAAAAAAACAAUUUAAAAGGAAACAAAAAAAAAAAAAGAAAAAAAAAGAGGCCAGGCAGCUUAAGUAUAUGCUUUAGUCACUUAGUUCCAGAAUGUUUUCGGAAUAACAGGAAAAAAAAGAUAAAAUAGCAAAAGUUGUAUAAAAGAAUAAGAAGCUCAUACCCAAAUUCACAAAACUAUUUUUUAAACCAAAGCACAUUUGAAUGAGUAUGGAACCUCACUUGGCUCAGAAAAGUACUAAUAUAUUUAUCUCAUUGUUUACAUAAACUUUUACAGUUUCAGACCUCAACAGAUCUAGGGGCCAGUCAAAAUUAAUCUUUGCUUUUUCCAUUGGUUUGUCUCUGAAGGCUAUGCAGUGUUCCCCAGCUUAGCAGGGGGAAUCUGUGUCCCAGCUUGCAUUCCAGCACUGCUCCGGGAGGGUGGGGAGAGGGUGGGCAAUUAGAAAUAUGGCAUGUAGAAUUUUUUUUUCUUCAAUCCAUGAGAGAUGUUGCUGGGAGUGAGACCCAGGCACUAUUGUAGAGGCAUUUCGGCCUCCCUCUUCCUCAGAGGAGUCUGAGGGAACCGAGAGAGCAAAGGGAGAUGCAGGAAGCUCUAGAGAUGAGAAAGGAUGUUAGAAGAUGUUGGGAGCUGCUGUACCCAGCACAUCUCCUUAACUUUAGCCAUGGGGAGCCGGGCUGUUUUCCAGUCCUUUACUGCAAAACUUCCAAAAACAAAUUCCUGGCAAAAAAUCCCCAAAGGCCCAGCUCUGCGCACUUGGGGCUGUUAGCGGGAGCCACAAAGCUCACAGAAGACACCAAAGAGCUAUUGACACGCAGCUUCUGUGAGGCUUUGCGGCGCUGCCGGCCCUGCCCCCGGGGGCACCGAGCGGCCCCGUCCUGUGCGAGCUGGCCUGGGCUGUCCGGGACCUCUGGGCCCCCCAAUGGAACCGCUGGAUUGAUUCACUCCAGACCUUACAGUCCUGCACAAAGAGCCCGACCAAAACUCCUAAGACUGCCUAGGUGGAAACCUAAGCCGAUCUGCGCGGUAGAACAGUUUGAAGAUGACCAAUGAGGAUGGUUUGCUAAAAUAACGCUGAAGCCAAAACCAAAAAGGUUUAAGAAAGCUCCCCGUCAUUAGUCUUGACCCUUUGUAGCUUUUACCUUCUACACCAAAGCCACCUCAAACAUUUGAGGAGGGGCUGAUGGAAAAUGAAAUAUUAAUUUUGCCUGGUCUUAAUAUCUAACAAAGAUGGUGCAAACACUAUUUGACAGUGUUGUUUUUGUAUCAAUAUGUAUGUGCAGUAAUGAAUGUAUUUAUUUCUCAGAUUCUGUAUGCACAGUUUUGCAAUGUAAUUCAGAAAGUUGCAAACACAAAGAUGUGUCCGCAGGGUCUUCUCUACAGGAUUUCAAAAAAAAAAAAAGAAAAAAAUAUAUUAAAAAAAAAAGAAAAAAAAAAGAAAAAAGGAAUCUCAGAGACUCAGCAUAGCCAUAAACCAUAACCUGUGAAGACAAUACAAAGACUGGACUUUUGUAGCUUUGCAUAGAAGAGGAAUUUAUGUUUUGCUGUAUUUAAAUGUUUCAAUUUACAGUGUCACUCUUUUAAGAUUCCUGUUUUGGUUUUUGUUUUUGUUUUCCUCUCUCUCUUGUGUGUGGAAAGCAUUGUUUUCAAGCACUGCAGGUUCAAAGUCCGGGUUAGCAGUAUUUUACCACGUUGCUUCAGUUCUGAAAAGCAGGAAUAUGGGUCUUGACCAGAGAAACAUCCAGUACACUUAGUGAAACAAAAUGAAAUCUGAGGUGACUGCUGGCAAAAUCCCGAGAAGGUAAAAGUCACUUGAGGAAUAGCUGUGUGCUUCUGAUUGCAGCUUGUGACUGAGACAAGUCUGUUGUCCUGCCUGAAGGACAGCAUGUAGCUCCUUUUUAAAGCAUCCCUCAUCCCUCACUUACUGUUUACUGUGGUAGCAAUAAGGAUCUCAGAAGUGGGGAGUCGAGGCCUGGGAUGGGCAGAGGGAGCUCCGUGCCAAACCCCACAGCCUCUGUGCCAUCCCAUGGUGGGCCUUGCAGAGGAUACUGAAGCAUCAGGUUCGCCACAGCACAGGGGGCUCGAGCCCCUGGGAGAGGCUGUGCUUUCCAAAGCCUCUUGUUCCAGUAUUGGUGGAGUCAGCACCUGCUGCAGCCUUACAAAUUAGCACGAAGAAAGGAUGUUUGCUGAUUCCUGGAUAUUUGCCAAAUUCUGAAACCUUUCCAAUCAGCAGUACUGAAGUGAAGGGAAAAGCAAAUAAAAAACAAAGAAACAAAACCUCCCUACAUUUUAAUUUGGUUUAAGAGGCUCUAGGUAGCAAACAUUGAGCUGUCCCCAGACAGCAGAAAUGCUCAUCAUUGAGAUGGCAUGUCUGGAUAAACAUUUGUUUAAGCAAGAAUUUAAAAUCUAAAUGAACCCAGAGCUGUAAUUCUGGAAUAAUUAAAGAGACUUAGGGCAUUUUUGUCUUAGUUUUUGUUUAAAUAAUUAUUUGCUCAACAUCAGUAAAGUCUCCAUUUACUGUAAAAUCCUUUCUUUUUAUAAGCUUAUUCUUGCACUCCAGAACUGGCCAUAUUCUUGACAAAGAAAAUUUAGGGGUUGCUUUCAAUAGUUGAAAGUAGCCUUUUGCAGUGUUUUAAAUCCCAUGGUACUUUAUGAUCCUGAUUUUAGUGCAGGAGACAAGCAGGCAAAAAGAAAAGCUGUUUCUCAGCUCCUUUCCACUCCUCAUAUUUUGCAUUUUUUCAGAAUAGGGUAAGAAAUUUCACCUUUGAUUACUUGCUAUUAGACUCACUAAAUUUGCUGCUUUCCUUGCAAAAGAAAAAUAUUUGGGAACCCUUGUGAGGCAGUUCCAGCUCUGCUGUAAGGUUCCUAGCUGGUCCUCCAAGUCAGGGAGACUCCUUUGUUUCAGCCCUGGUUCAUCUUUCCUGCCACAUCAAAACUGCUGUUUAUUCUGCUUUCCUUGUUUUAACUAACAACUCAAAGAUCCUGAAACGUAAGUUUAAAGAGAGAAAUGCAUUUUUGUUCCAUUGUCUCCUAUUGCCACCAUCUUCUUUCCUUCCUUCCCUAAUUUUCCUGAACAUUUUGAAGGCCAGUGUUGAACACAGGGAUCAGGGAAUCAGUGUUUUUGGAACAGAGCAGCCCCUGUGGCAUGUGGUGGGGCAGGUCUGAACCACCACACUUGAUGUGGCAUUUGUUGGCAAUUAGGGACCCACUCUUAGCGCUGCUUCCCCUGAGGAGUGGGACUGGUUUGCACUUCCUCUGUCACAAGUUACCAAUCGAAGCACUUUCAGUACAGCUCUUCCUCUGACCUUCCACAGGACUUUUGACUGGCUGGGGAUAACUUUUUUUAUGAGGAGAGGAUCUUGUUCUGGCUGGCUGGAUAUUUUUCCCCAUUUUAUUUUAAUAUUUUCGAUACAACUGAAAAAGGGAUGUUGCAUCACCCCUUUUGGUUUUUGUUUGUUUGGGUUUUUUUUUUUCAUUUUAAGCCUUAACUAUCAGUCAGUCUGGAAGCCCUGGAUGUUUCCUGGGGAGGGGGAAAGGAGGGAAGGUCAAGGGAAAGGCCAGCAUUCCUGCUGCAAUGUUCUGUUCAUUUCCUUCACGAGCUUGAAUUCAGGUCAGAGCCACAAUAGUUGUGGCUUCAACUCAAGUGUCAUAUAAAAAGAUACAGAAAUUAUAAUAUGAUCUCAGCAUUCAGAAAUUUGCAGUCUUAAUGUACAGUGAUGAGAAACUGUUAUUUUAUGAUCUUUUCAUUAAAAGCUUGAUUGAAAAAUUA